GAACCAGGAAGUCGCCGUCCAUGAGUCAAUCCCUUGAUUAGCAACUCGCGCCAUAGUUUCUGGGAGCUCAACCUGUUGCUGUCUCCUUGCGUGUUUUUAGUUCAACGAUGGCUUUAGUCCCUCGUUGUUUUCGACUAUUGGUCUUCGUGGGAGUCGCUUGCCUCGUCGUACUAUUGCUGAAGCACUGGAUGGCUACUAAGCAAUACAUUUUCAACCACGACGACAUCGCUAAACUGACCAAACAGUAUGCGGGCCAGGACCACGAGCAGGCCUAUUCGAAACUGGUGGUUGAGCUCAGGAAGAGGUAUCCCGGCCACAUUCUGCCAGAUGAAGACCUGCAAUGGGUGUUUCUGAAUGCCGGAGGCUUUAUGGGUUCCAUGUGCGUCCUCCACGCCUCCCUCACAGAAUAUGUGAUACUGUUUGGUACUGGAAUAGACACAUCAGGACAUUCAGGUCGAUUCUGGGCUGAUAUUUCUGACACGCUUGUCUCUGGUACGUUCAGAAGGUGGAAGGAGGGAACUACAAAGACUGAACUUUUCUAUCCUGGUGAUACUGUCAUGCAUGAAAUGGGUGAGGCUGCAGGGGUCCAGUGGACCGCCGGGACAUGGAUGGUUGAGUAUGGCCGAGGAUUCAUCCCAUCCACUCUGAGUACAGCUCUGGCCGAGACACUGUUUUGCACCCAAGACUUUGUCACCUUAUUUUACACUUUCAAAGUCUACGGCAAGGCGAUGCUGAUGGAGAUGGGAACAAUGCUAGCUGAGGCCGGAAUCUUUUAAAAGCAUAGUGGUGACCCUUUUUUUUCCUCACCUGCACUGGGACAGUAACAUCACAAGCUGCUGAUGUGCUGUUUUGUCUUUGAUGUCUGAUAUGGAGUCAUUUGUCGCGAGAUGAUUUUUACUGUAAAUGAAAGAAUAUUGUUGAAUAUGUUUGAGAACCCAGUAAAAUCUUGCUGCAUCAACACUAAAAUUUAUGUAGCCACGCCCUUGUAUAUUAAUCUAACACUAACAGGCUUCUUGCGAUCAUGCGCUACAAGAGCAUUCCUUUAAAAGCUGCCCAAGCAGACAAUGAAGCCUUUUGGUGCUACCUAAACAAAUUGUGUUAGGGUCUGGUUUAAAGAAAUGAGGCUCAAGAUCUUCCAAGUACUUGCUGAAUGUUGCAUUCUUCUGGGGGUACAUUACCCAUUCUGUUAUCAACAAAACUUUAUGCUGGUGGUUGAUCAUCCUGCUUCCUAUUGUUUGAGUAUUACAUAAGCACUACUGGAAUGUUAUGUUUCAUGUUACUUUCUCCUAAGAUAUGUGUUGUGAUUUGUUUUCAGUGAAUCCUUUGUUGCUGUCUUUUUGUGCUACCUUGCAAAAAAAAAAAAAAAGAAAAAAAAAACUACAAAA